AUGAGACGCUUCACGGGAUGUUUGCGCGUUUGUGCGCCCUUUUUCCGUCACAGUACAAGUGAAAUUUUAAAUCUGCAGAGGGAACUCAAGGAAGUGAAGAAACGGGUUGGUGCCAUAGAGGAGACGCAAACUCUUCAGGCACUGGUGGCAUUUUAUGCUUCUCGUCCCCUGCAAAAACUGGACAACUUUGACGAGGUGCUACGUCACUGUUUACAAGCUGGUUAUAAUACCGAUGUUUUCUGUCAUAUGGAACUCCCAGUUCUUCUUUCCCGCCUCGUUACGGCCAUUGACACGUUACCAUGUGGACUUAAUGCUAUGCCUUCAGUUUUAUUGGUCAGAAAUACGUAUUUGGACUCGUUCAGAAAACUUAUUAAGUGCGAUUUCCCAGAUACUGAGUCCAAUAUUAAACAGUUUCGGUGCGUUGUUGCUGAGAUUGAGGAUUCGCACUCAAGAAGGGAUGUUCUCAUUACUAUGGCAAGGGGCCUGGUCGAGCUGAAGGAGCUGCUUUCACGACAUAAGGAAUACAUUCUUCGUAAAAAGAAAGGAGGCCUAGUCGCCGGUUUUGAUUUUACUUUGGAUGAGGCUUUGAUAGUUCUCACGAAACCAAUGGAUAAUUUCAGUUUAUGUAUGGUAUAUUACAAUUUUCUUUCAAGAAUGCUUCUUGCUUUAGAGGCAAAUGAUGAUAAUAUGGUAGGAAUGGUCGAUCUUAAAAUUGAUCUUGAGAUGAUAGUACAUAAUGCUGUCGAUGAUGCAAAGCAAGUUUGUACAGAACAUUAUGGGGACUGUCCAGAUGUUAAGUUUAUUAUUUCUAAAGAAAAACAUAUGAUGGAAUUUCCCCACAUGAGCGCGACGAUUUCGUAUGUUGUUCUUGAGUUAAUGAAAAAUGCAUUUCGGGCGACUGUGGAAUCCCAUAUGGAACGUAAUCCUUCUGGUAUAGUUGACUGUGGUAAUAUGCCUCCGGUAGAAGUUCUGGUAAACAUUGAAAAGAACUCCAAGCAUGCAUGUAUUUGUGUCUCAGAUGAAGGUCUGGGAAUGAGUCGAUCUCAGUGUGAGGUUGCAAUGACUUACGCAUAUACAUCUGUGAGAAGGCCAAUUCUCCAACCUCGUCAUGAUGAGAAUUUUGAUCACAGAGAUACUUUUACACCUCUGGCGGGUUAUGGCUUUGGUUUACCCAUGUCUAGAGUAUAUGCACGGGCCUUUGGGGGUGAUCUCGUGAUGAGUUCAAUGGAGGGAUAUGGUACUCGUGUGUAUUACUACAUCAAGCUUUGA